UGAAAGUACAACUGCAGAGCCAACUGACUCCACAACUGCAGCGGGAACGACCCUUGAAGAUCACACAACAACGUUAGAAAUGUCAACAAUUCCAGCUGAAACAACGACCAUUGUUACACAAGAACCAUCAGCUAGCCCAGAGACUGUGACAAGCCCAUCUCCCACAAUCACUUCUGGUCACACAACAGUGCCCUCUGACGUUACAAGUGAGUCUGUAACUAGCACUGCUGGUACCUCAACAUCAAGUGAGGCAUCAACAACAACUUCUGAAGCAAACACAUCUGCUGAAGAAUCGACAGCGACCUCAGCUGGUUUAACAAGUGCAACUGUGGAAGCUACGUUUUCAACAUCGGGAGUGACCAUGACACCAGAAUCAACCAAAGACACAAUGGAAACCACUACAGCUAUGUCCUCAAGUGUAACAGAAUCUUCAACCAGUACCUCGCCGGAAACAAGUCCCUCACAACCUUCUACGAUUACCAGUGAGCCUGCCACUACAAAUGAACUAACUUCAGCAGUCACGGACGGGCAAAUAUCUUCCACUACCGUUGAACUCUCAUCUACCCAGGGAACUGAAAGUACAACUGCAGAGCCAACUGACUCCACAACUGCAGCGGGAACGACCCUUGAAGAUCACACAACAACGUUAGAAAUGUCAACAAUUCCAGCUGAAACAACGACCAUUGUUACACAAGAACCAUCAGCUAGCCCAGAGACUGUGACAAGCCCAUCUCCCACAAUCACUUCUGGUCACACAACAGUGCCCUCUGACGUUACAAGUGAGUCUGUAACUAGCACUGCUGGUACCUCAACAUCAAGUGAGGCAUCAACAACAACUUCUGAAGCAAACACAUCUGCUGAAGAAUCGACAGCGACCUCAGCUGGUUUAACAAGUGCAACUGUGGAAGCUACGUUUUCAACAUCGGGAGUGACCAUGACACCAGAAUCAACCAAAGACACAAUGGAAACAACUGCAGCUAUGUCCUCAAGUGUAACAGCAUCUUCAACCAGUACCUUGCCGGAAACAAGUCCCUCACAACCUUCUACGAUUACCAGUGAGCCUGCCACUACAAAUGAACUAACUUCAGCAGUCACGGACGGGCAAAUAUCUUCCACUACCGUUGAACUCUCAUCUACCCAGGGAACUGAAAGUACAACUGCAGAGCCAACUGACUCCACAACUGCAGCGGGAACGACCCUUGAAGAUCACACAACAACGUUAGAAAUGUCAACAAUUCCAGCUGAAACAACGACCAUUGUUACACAAGAACCAUCAGCUAGAAUCGACAGCGACCUCAGCUGGUUUAACAAGUGCAACUUUGGAAGCUACAAUUUCAACAUCGGGAGUGACCAUGACACCCGAAUCAACCAAAGACACAAUGGAAACAACUACAGCUAUGUCCUCAAGUGUAACAGAAUCUUCAACCAGUACCUUGCCGGAAACAAGUCCCUCACAACCUUCUACGAUUACCAAAUCGACAGCGACCUCAGCUGGUUUAACAAGUGCAACUGUGGAAGCUACGUUUUCAACAUCGGGAGUGACCAUGACACCCGAAUCAACCAAAGACACAAUGGAAACAACUACAGCUAUGUCCUCAAGUGUAACAGAAUCUUCAACCAGUACCUUGCCGGAAACAAGUCCCUCACAACCUUCUACGAUUACCAGUGA